AGCGGCGAGAAGACACCCAGUUAAUUUAUCGAAUAAUUGCGAAAUUGACCCAUUCAUUUUCUAAUAUUCUGACCUAAGACUUCACACUAGUACACGUAUAGUAUCAGCCAAGCUCUCCUAGCUUUUUUUCGGUCUGAUUAAUCAUAAUUUCAUUUCCCUCCCGUUACUUUUGCAUUUAGCCUUUUGUGUCCAAACUACCCACCGAUACUAAUUUUGCAUUUUCAACAAUGGAUUUAGACACAGAUGUUCCCAUGGAAGAUGUCAGUGAUGACCACAGCGAAACCUACCAAGGAGGUGCCAAGAUUGAUGCAUCAAAAUCGAAACCCCUGGAGCUCACUGGAGACAGCGUAAACCAGCUAGACCAGUGGAUCGAGAAAUUGGCCAACUGUGAGCCAUUAUCCGAACAAGACGUCAAACGUCUAUGCGACAUGGCGGUAGAUGUGUUACAAUUUGAAGAAAAUGUCCAACCUGUCCAAGUUCCCGUUACCAUUUGUGGUGACGUCCAUGGACAGUUUCAUGAUUUAAUGGAGUUAUUUAAAAUUGGUGGUCCUUGCCCUGACACAAACUAUUUGUUCAUGGGAGACUAUGUCGAUAGAGGAUAUUACUCGGUCGAAACCGUUUCAUUUUUGGUGUGCAUGAAGGUAAGGUACCCCAACAGAAUUACCAUCUUACGUGGUAAUCACGAAUCCCGUCAAAUCACUCAAGUCUAUGGGUUCUACGACGAAUGCUUGCGUAAGUAUGGAAGUGCCAACGUGUGGAAGGUGUUUACCGAUUUGUUUGAUUAUUUCCCCAUUACGGCCUUGGUGGAUAAUAAGAUUUUCUGUCUUCACGGAGGAUUGUCCCCAAUGAUUGAAACCAUUGACCAGGUUCGUGAAUUGAACCGAAUUCAAGAGGUUCCUCAUGAAGGCCCAAUGUGUGACUUGUUAUGGUCGGAUCCCGAUGACCGUGGUGGAUGGGGAAUCUCUCCAAGAGGUGCUGGCUUCACUUUUGGACAAGAUAUCUCUGAACAAUUUAACCAUACCAAUGACUUGAGUUUGAUAGCUCGUGCCCAUCAAUUGGUAAUGGAAGGGUAUUCUUGGUCUCAUCAGCAAUCAGUGGUGACGAUAUUCUCGGCUCCUAAUUAUUGUUACCGUUGCGGUAAUCAAGCAGCUAUCAUGGAAGUAGACGAGAUGCACAACAGACAAUUUUUGCAGUAUGAUCCUUCGAUCAGACCAGGUGAACCUACUGUCACCAGAAAGACUCCGGACUACUUCUUGUGAAUGCUGUUACUGCCGCUACGAGUUAUGUUUGUAAUGACAAUAUUGUUUGGUUGUAUCGAAUAGAGAAGCGAAAAUUCGAGACGUAGCCACAUCGCCCGCCCUGUGCCCCCUUAGCAUCUCCCCAGCGCCUCGGUGCCGCUAGCUGGCACCAAAAACCGACGUGCGCCCACCAUCAAAAUUUGCCAAUUCUAACCAACCAGAAUUCAAUCUUUUCGCACAGUAAUCAAAGCUCUCAUUCUUCAACUACAUCAACAUGUUAAGAUUAUCAAACAGCCGUUUACAGCUGAAAGUUGUGAACGUUUCUCCAGUAGUUGCCCUCACGUGCACGAGAUCGCUCUACACUCCCGUGUUGGAGCAGGACAUCAACAUCACCAGAACCGGUAAGGUCAAUGUGUCUGUAGGUCCAGGAGGACGUUCUUCAAGAACCGGGUAUGUGGCAACUGUGUUUGGUGCCAGCGGGUUUUUGGGACGUUAUGUGACCAGUAAGUUGGCCAAGCACGGAACUGUCGUGGUUGUACCCUUCAGAAACGAAAUGAAGAAGAGAUUUUUGAAAGUCACCGGAGACUUGGGAGUGGUUAACUUUGUAGAAUGGGACCCCAGAAACAUCAAGUCGAUUCAAGAAAGUGUGGCCCAUUCCGACAUUGUGUUCAACUGUGUGGGAGCCGAUUAUCACACCAAGAACUUCUCCAUGGCUGAUGUGAAUAUUGGUAUCACUGAAAGAAUUGCACAGGCCGUCAAGGAAGCAGGUAACCCAAGAUUCAUUCACGUUUCUUCAUACAAUGCUAACCCUAACUCCAAGUCGGUGUUCUAUGCCACUAAGGGGGUUGGAGAACAAAUCGUUAGGGACCUCGUGCCCGAUGCCACUAUUGUCAGACCUUCUCCUACCUACGGAAGAGAAGAUAACUUAUUGAACUACUUGGGUCCUAAAUUGAAGAUGUGGACCCCCAACAGAAAUGCCAAAGAGGUGCACCCCGUGCAUGUUCUUGACGUUGCCCGUGCAUUGGAAAAGAUUGGAUAUGACGAUUCUACUGUGGGUAAGACUUUUGAAUUAUACGGACCUGAAAAAUACUCCUUCAGAGAAAUCAGAGAGAUGAUUCACGGUAUAACCCAGGACUUCUCGCAAGUGGGUCCCUUCUCAUACAAGUUUGCUGACUAUCAGAUUCCUUUACCAUUGGCCAAGUUGGCAGCUGAUAUAAAGCAAUUGCCAUACUGGAGGUUGACCAACUCCGAUCAGGUGCAAAGACAUGUGAUCAACCAGGUGAUCGAUGCAAACGCCAGCACUUUCAAAGACUUGGGCAUUGAAGAUACCACCAAGUUACCAGAAGUGUUAUUCACCUAUGUUAAGCACUGGAGACAUCCAUUGAUUGCACAAGAAGGAGCUUCUAGCUCGUCUGCCAAGGAACUCAAGAGAUUACGGGAAAUCCAGCAUUUUACUUAGGUGGUUACCCCGAAAAGUGCUUGUAUAAUGUAUGUAUAUCACAAAUAAAUUGCAUAGAUUGGUGUU